CAACUGUACUACUGCUAAUCCAGUGAGCUCAAAUCUGGUAAGAAUGGAGGCCACCAAGAAGACGGGCGCCGAAGAGGAAAAUUACGAGUUGGUGCCUCCGGAUGGGGGCUGGGGGUAUGUGGUGGCAGCUGCCAUGGUGGUGAUUUUUAAUGUUACAAUUUUGCCCAUAUCAGCCUUUGGGUUGAUUUAUGGGGAGUUCCUGCGGAACUUGGGCGAUGAAACCACCGGCAUAACAGUGAGCAAUGGGGUUUUCAACAUCGUAAGCUCGUUCACUGGAAUCAUUGCCAGCGGCCUUCUGAGCCAAUUCUCCUACCGGAGGAUCGCAGUCAUUGGCUGUGUACUUUUUGUUCUGGGCGCAUCCAGCAUCAUUUUCCUCCAAAACCUCCUGCAGAUGAUCAUCUUAUUCGGGGUGAUUCAGGGAAUAGCAGCAGGCCUGGUGAUUCCUGCCAUCAUGAGCGCCUUCAACUCCUACUUCGACAAGAAGAUGAACUUUGUGAUGAGCGGAGCGCAGUCUUUUAUGGUGGCCUUUAACAGCUGCGUGCCUCCAUUAGCGGCUUGGAGUAUGACCACCUUCGGGUUCAGAGGCACCUUGAUUGGGCUGGCGCUUAUGAGCUGUUUGAGUAUUCCGGCCGCUUGCACGCUGCAUCCAGUGGAAAGAUACCUGAAGAAAGUCCCGGUGGAUCGAACCGGCACUGUUAUCAUCAUGGAGGAGCUGGCAGAAUCCAAAAACGCCAAUACGGAAACUUCCCAAGCCGAGCCGCUGAUGGUCCAGGAAACUCCUCUCAGUGCCAGCCAAAAGAGCCUGCAGGCGCCCCAUUUAAACCGGCGCACAUCUGCUGUAUCUCUAGGCGGUCGCAUCGCUUCAGUUGCCACGCUAGAUGAACCGCACGCGUCCCAUCCCGAUUUAUGGAGGUCGUUCGUUCGCUCCAUCGACUUGUCCCUGCUGAAAAGCGCCAAAUACGUGAACAUCAGCGUGGGCUUGGGACUGUGCUUCGCGGGCGACAUAACGUUCAUCUCAAUAGCGCCGAUGAUUUUGGGAAACCUUGGCUUCAGCACCCAGCAGAUCGGCACGAUGAUGGCCGUGUUCUUCGGGUGCGACUUUGCGGCCAGAAUAUUGCUGACCGUCAUUUCCUCAGUGGUGCGCUUUAGGAACCGAGUUCUCUUCCUGUUUGCUGCUGGUUUAACUGUGAUGGCCCGAACUGGCUUGGUCUUGCAAGACGGCUACAUAUGGAAGCUGGUGUUUUUGGGAAUCAUCGGCUUCUUGCGCUGCUUCAUCCACACCCCCAUUCCGCUGGUGCUAGCCGAAGAGUACCCUCAAAAGUUUUCCAGCGCUUUUUCGCUCUCGAUGGCGGUCAGCGGCUCCGUGAUGAUGUUUCUUUCACUGAUAAUCGGUGUAUCCAAUAAGGUUCUGCAGAGCGACAUUUUUCUCUGCCAUCUACUCACGCUGGCCUAUGUCGCUUGCGUCGUUUCUUGGACAAUUGAGCUCACGUGCUGCAGACGAACCAAAACAGAAGACCCGCAGUGAAGAAACGCCUUUUUUGUAUAUAAUAGUUGAUAAAAAUCCAAAUUUCUGCUUAAACUCUGACGUUUGUCAAGAAAAUUUGAAUCGGUGAUUCAUGGAAAUACUGUCAAUGAGCUAGUCAGUGUUGCCGCUCCGCACUAAAAGCAGCAUGGGUGUGGCUAUCCAAGCUUGACUACUCCUGAUCUCUGUUCAUGUUUGCGAACUCAGAAAGGGGAAUCAAAAACUUCAAAGUCAACUUUUUUGAAAUUUAGUUAGUAACGCCUGGACGUCUGAUUAUGGCGAAACUCAUCAAAGUUUGGGAAAAUCCAAUAAAUCCAAUCUUAAAUCAC